UCGUGUUCGUGAAGUCGGAUGUUACCGACUGAACCGGAGCGUCUAAACCGGAGGAAAGUCUCUGCUGGUCGGCCCUGGAGGAACCAGCCCGCCACGCUGUGAUAAAACAAGCCUUUCCUUUGACAUUAAACCGGUUACAGGAGAUGGAAGUCCGUGUAACGUAAAGCGGGGACGAGCUGUCGUGGUCACCGGUCUAUCCAACAAGUUGAAUCCACAGCGGCGCCAUGGAUGCUGCGGGGUACCAGCACGAGCCGCGCUACACGGACGCAGAACGUCUCUCGCACGCGACGUCGGGAGGUCCGGAUCCCAGGAGCCGAGACGGGGAGAGCUGGAAGCUGGUGGAGGCCUUCCUGUCGGGGGGGGCCCCCUGGGGCUUCACCCUCCGGGGGGGACUGGAGCACCGAGAGCCUCUGCUCAUCACCAAGGUGGAGGAGGGCAGCAAGGCGGCGUCCGUGGGCCUCCAGGCGGGAGACGAGCUGGUGACCAUCAACGAGAUCCCGCUGAGCGGCUUCAGGCAGGAGGCCAUCUGCCUGGUGAAGGGCUCCCACCGGACCCUCAGCCUGGAGGUCAGACGGAGGAAUGAACCCAUAAGCAGGCCCCACUCCUGGCACGCCACCAAGUUCAACGAGGGCCAAUCGGAGACUGCCAAACCACAGGCUCCGCCCACGCAGGUCUGGAACGCCAGAUACGAUGCCAGCUCCUCCUCCAGCGACCUGUCCUCCGGCUGGGAGCAGACGGGCCUGCGCCGGGCGUCGGCCCAGUUCAGCUCCCUGGGCAGCGUGGACAGCCUGGAGCGCCUGGGGGGCGGCAAGCGAGACUCGGCCUACAGCUCCUUCUCCACCGGCUCCGGCACCCCCGACUACACCGUCUCCAGGAGCAACGCCGCCUCCACGGAGAACAUGCUCUGCAGGGUGGGCCAGUGGGACGCGGCGGCGGCGGGGAAGCACAACCACGCCCGGAACGGCCCGGGCGCGGCGGCGGAGGGAGCGAAGCCGGACGACCGGCUGGCGUACUUCCAGAUGCCGGGAGUCGACCCGGGCGGCGCCGGUCCGCAGGCCGACGACUCGGCCGGCUCGCGCCACUCCGCGUCGAGCCGGAGCGGCCCGGGGCCCGUCUGGCACGUCCCCGAGGCCAAGAAGAAGACCGCGACCCCGUCGCCGCCGCCUCCCGCGCCGCCGGCACGCAGCGACAGUUUCGCCGCGACCAAGGUGCACGAGCGGGGGCUCGGCGCCGCUCAGCCCGAAGCGCCUGAAGCUGGCAAGGCCGCCAGGGACGCCUCCUACACUUCUGAUCAAUCCAACCAGCAGCAGCCCGGUGCUGAGGUCCGGCAGCUCGGUGACCAGAGCUGCUUGUCCUCUCAGUCGCGGAGCGUCGGCGGCUCCUACUGCAGCAUGCAGGAGCCGCCCACCGGCCCACAGCACUCGGGUCAGAACCACAGGAGGAACCUCAGCUCCUCCCUGGCCGCCGCGCCCGCCGAUCAAGGCGCCGACAGCAGCCGGUACUACUGCGUCACAGCGGGUCAGCCGGCGUCGGGGAAACCCGAGGAGAGGAACGGCGCCGGCUCAGACCCGGCCGGAAACUCCCUCAGCGCCGCGAAGUACCACCUGCCCCAACAGCAGCUCCACUCCUCCCUCGGGAAAGACAGCAACGGCUACGGCAAGCACCAAGUUACCUCUGGGGCAGAACCCGGCGGACACGGGUCCGGCUGCGAGGAGAGGGCGGGCCCGAGAGGACACGGCGCCGAGGCCCCGCCCACGAGUCACGCUGCCGGCAGGCCGCCCGAGCCGCGCAGGUCUCUGCCGCCGCAGCACCACCAAGACGCCCGACACCACGGCCCCCAGGCGACGCCCAUGCUCCACUUCCUCGCCAUGGACGACGCCGCGGGCCGAGACGCGGCGCCGAGAGGCCCGAGCGCCGCGGAGUCCCUCGACGGCAAGAUGGCGAGACGCGGCGACCGGUUCGCCACCACGCUGAGGAACGAGAUCCAGACGAGGAGAGCCAAGCUGCAGAAGAGCGCCAGCGCGGCCGCCCUCCCCGGCGCCGAGGGACGGGGCGAGGUCGACCCGGACGCCCGGAAGGCCGCCGCGAGCCCGGCGGCGGCGCCGCCUGCGGACGGCUCCUUCACCGGCUCCUACAAGGACAACCUGAAGGAGGCCCAGGCCCGGGUGCUGAAGGCCACGUCCUUCCGGAGGAAAGACCUGGAGCCCGUCCUGCCGGAGCAGCCGGCGGCCGAGGCCUCGCCCGGCUACACGUCCUCGGCCCGGAAAGAUGGCGGCCCUCUGCCCACCGUCUCGGAGUCCGGGGCGAGCAAGCCGGGUCAGGUGACCCGCAUCGGGGGCCGCAAGCGCUUCUCCGCGGACAAGAAGGUCCGGUCCUUCUCCGAACCGGGCAAGAUCCACGAGGUCGGGGUGCGGGAGGACCUCCAUCGCAACGAGAGCUCCUCGCUGGACCACCAGAAGCUCCGCAAGGAAAGCAGGAAGCCGGCGUUCCUCGACCACGCCCCCCCCCCCCGCCGCGGUGCGGAGGCCCGGGAAGGUCCUCACUCACACAAGCAGCUGGUCCUGGACCAGCAACGACUGGGCACCUUCGCCGAGUACGAGGCCCGGUGGAACACACAGAACCCCCCCCCGGAGGCCAGAGCGCCCGGGCGGUACCGGUCCGCCGACAACAUCCUGGAGCCAGGACCGGAGGCCAGGACCAAACCCGCCUGCUUCCACGAGAGGUCCCGGUCGUCUCCUUCGACUGACAUCUACGGACAGAAGAUUCCCGUCGCCGCAAGAAAGGAGAGGAAAGCCGCCGAGCCGCCGGCCGCCGCCACGGGGUUCCCCGACGACGGCGAAGUGAGAGAGGCUCAUUUCGACCCAGACCCCGGACCUGGACCCGGACCUGGACCCGGACCCGGACCUGGACCCGGACCUGGACCUGGACCCGGACCCACUCAGACCCGCAGCCCCGCGUCCGUCUCCCCGGCCUUCCCCUCCCCCCCUCCCGAAUGCCUGGAUGUCGACUCCCUGGAGUCCCUCUCUGGUCCUCACGCCGACUCGGACUCGAUGGGGGACUCUGAGCCCAACGGAGGACCAGAGGCAGCCGGUCCCCCGCCGCCCCCCCACAGGCCUCCGGGCCCCGCGGAGGGGUGGCGCUCGCCAUCCCCACAGUUCUCUCCUCAGAGACUCAGUGACACGCCCCCGGUGGUCUCGCUGCAGGACUCCAGCAGGACGGAGCAUGUUGUGAUGGAGGAUCAGCAUCCUGCGAUGAAGAAGGUUCCCAUCCGGAUCGUCCACUCGGAGGGCGUCUCAGAGAAGGAGGCGUGUCCUUACCUGCAGCACGCCGCCCCCCCCGCCCUGCAGGAGGCGUGUCCUUACCUGCAGCACGCCGCCCCCCCCACCAUGCAGGAGGCGUGUCCUUACCCGCAGCACGCCGACCCCCCCGCCCUGCAGGAGGCGUGUCCUUACCCGCAGCACGCCGACCCCCCCGCCACGCAGGCCGAGGGUCCCGGCGUGCUCUGGCUCGGCGGUCCGGUGGGCGCCGCGGGGCAGGACUCGGUCUUCUGUGCGUUCACUCGGCAGGCGGAGCCUCAGGCAGACACCUACAUGACCACCGUCGGAGGUCACGCCGACCCUGGAGGUCACGCCGACCCUGGAGGUCACGCCGACCCUGGAGGUCACGCCGACUCUGACGGGCUGCCGCCGCCGCCACCGGUGGCCACGAGGCAGUGUGAGGAUCAGAAGAGGGAGGAGCUGGCCAGGAGCAUCAUGGGAAAGGAUAAAUCGCUGGCUGACAUUCUGGACCAGAGCAAGAUGAAGACCACCAUGGACCUGAUGAAGGGGAUCUUCCCUCAGGGGGAGGCGCUGCUGGGAGGAGCCCACCAGCACCGGAAGGUCAGCCGUCCCCCCGAGGAAAGGGAGAAGGAGGACGGCAUGGCUGCAGCCGUUGCCCUGGUGACCAGCUCCACCUACUACAGCACGUCUGCUCCCAAAGCCGAGCUCCUCAUCAAGAUGAAGGACAUGCAGGAGCAGGAGGAGGAGGAGGAGGAGGACUGGGAGGACGAGCUGGACGUGGACCUGGCCAACAAGAAGCAGCAGCUGAUCGACAGCCUCAGCAAGAAGCUGCAGGUUCUGCGCGAGGCCCGCGAGAGCCUCCAGGAGGACGUGCUGGACAACAACGCGCUGGGGGCCGAGGUGGAGGCCCGGGUCCAGCGGGUCUGCCGGCCCAACGAGAUCGACAAGUUCCGCAUGUUCGUGGGCGACCUGGACAAGGUGGUCAGCCUCCUGCUGUCGCUGUCGGGCCGCCUGGCGAGGGUGGAGAACGCCCUGAACAGCCUGGAGGAGGAGGCCACGGCGGAGGAGCGGCGGACGCUGAUGGAGAAGAGGAAGCUGCUGAUCCGGCAGCACGAGGAUGCCAAGGAGCUGAAGGAGAACCUGGACCGCCGGGAGCGCCUGGUGUCCGACAUCCUGGCGCUCCACCUGCCGGCCGACGGCCUCACGGACUACGAGCACUUUGUGAAGAUGAAGUCGGCGCUCAUCAUCGAGCAGCGGAAGCUGGAGGACAAGAUCAAGCUGGGCGAGGAGCAGCUGACCUGCCUGACGGACAGCCUGCCCGCCCCGUGAGGCGCCGCCAGCAGGGGGCGCCAGAGACCGGCGGACAUCUUUGUAGUUUUCCUAACUCGGACUCGGCACCCGGAAGUACCGAGAGACGUUUCCUGCUGUGCGCCGACCGCCUCGUGGCGCUUCCGUUGACUUUUUUGAUUUGUUUGCUGUUUUUGUUGUAUUGAUUGUUUUAGUAACUUAUUGUAGCCCUUUGGAGGCGGGAACGCCGGCGCCCUGCUGACGCUCAGCACAGCAUUUCACUAGCGCAUCAAUCCGGCCCAAGAUUUCACUUUUUAACCUUUUUUUAUUUGCGUUUAAACGCGUGACUCGGAGGUUCUUCCCCGUGAAGAACGCCGUCUGCUCGUCUUCACGUGCAACCGACAGGAAGAGACCCGAUGAAGAGUCUCUGUUCCUUCACUGCUCCUCUUCUUCACGCUGCAGAUGUCCAGAUGUCACAUGGGCGUUGCUUCUAGAUGCAUUGAAACACUAAGCCCCCCCUCCCCCCCCCCCCGGCUCCUCUUAUCAAUAAAGAGUCUGCUGAGCUCA